AUGCGGUCUCACGCCACCGAUGCCUCCGUGUCGCCGGCCGCGUCGGUCUUUCAGCCGAUGCAGGCCGUUGAUGAGAUUUUCGACUACGCCAGUUUCAUGUGGGACGCCGGCGAUGUUUGGCAGCAGGUCAACCCGGAUUCGGGCCAGCAAAUGAGCCUUGAUGGACAAGUUCUUAGAGCCCAGUACGGUGUUCAGCCCGUUGGGGGCCGCCCAGCAGCUCUCAUGAGCAGCCCACCUGACCUGACCUUCCCUGAUCGGACGAUGAUGGAAGACAUACCUGAUCCAUCUCCUAUCCCCGACGCCAGUAGCCAGUCAGAGCAGACCAUGUCUCUACAGGUUCCUACGGAAGAUGACAGGCUCAUGGAUUACUUCAGUCGCGUUGUCGUACCGCCGAUUCUCGCCGAAGUCGAGACCCAGAAGAAGUGGCUGGCGAUCAGACAAGUCGUCGUCGACAUGGCCAGCGCGUCACAAAUGGUCAAAUGGGCCGUCCUCGCCUUUUCCAACCUGAUGUUGUCCCGUCGCGAGGGUGCUUGGCUGGCCAGUCCAGAGGAUCACUACCAAAAGGCUGUUGCCGAGGUCGCAGCGUACGGGGAGGACUCUUCUCCGCGAGAAGACAGCCGAAGCUCACGCCGGGAGCAUCUCCUCGCGACACUUUUCUUUCUUAGUUACGUUGACAUACUCCGUGGCUCGAUCAAGGCUGCAGACUCUUUCUUGAAACGAGCGUACGGAAUAUUCCAACAGGGCGAAAAGAGCAGCUUCGCCGCCAUCGAGAAACAGUUUCUGCAGUGGAUGAGACUGCUCGACGCUCGCGCCGUUUCCGCAGGAGGCCAGGGUCUUCUCCUGUCCAAGGACGACGAGCUUCUCCUUGUCGAAGCAUCGCCAGCAAGCUUCGACGGCGGGGUUGCCGACGCUUCGAAGGAAGACGUCGCUGACGGCGACAUUGAGGACGUCCUGUUCCAAGUCAUGUACCAGCCGGGAAUCGUCUUCUUCCAGAAGGUACAGAGUUUCAUGGGCCGAAUAUCCAAGAUCGACCCUUGGCACCGUUCGAGAGGCACCGUCGAAGACGAGACGGAGGUCAUGAACAUCGGCGCUGCUAUUGCCGCAGACCUCCGCACCUUGUACGAGCAGCGGCCUCCGUUGAUGGACUACGCGGUGGCGGGCAAGUUGACGGAGCCUCAUGUCUCCGCGCACCUGGCUUUCGUAAUCACUCGGGCUUUUCGCACGUACUUGGCGAACUAUCACGCCAGCAAAGUCCAUCUGCACAGGGUGGCAUACAAGACCUUCCCCUUAACGAAAGAGGCGCAAGACGCGCUUAACCAAAUCAGACGACUGGCGCGGCUGCUCGUCGACUCACUCGAUGCAGAUAACUCAUUGCCGGUCAACAUGCUCUGGCCGCUGCUUAUGUUAGGCUCCGAGGAACAGGAUCCGCAAGAGAGGCUGUGGAUCAAGACUCAAAUUCUCCGGAUGGAGAGGGUCGCUGGCAAUGCGAAGAUCACUGCUCAGGUGCUAGAAGAGGUGCAGGCGAGGCAGGAUGCUGAGAAGCUCCGGGUCGACAUUAGAUCUGUCAUGCAUGCGAUCUUCAACUCAUGUUUCGCGAUCGUCUGA